CACAAGCGAGCUGCGCUCCGUCUGGUAACAUUACAGAUAGGUCAGAGGAUCACACUGAACCCUGACAAGUUUGACGUUGUGUUUAUAAGCUGCUCAGAACAGUGAAGAAUUACAGCUGGUUUGGAUCCUUCGACUCUCUACUGUUCUUGUCUUUAGAACAACCAGAGGUUUUCACCCCUUUUCCAGGCCAAAGUGAUGUUCUUCUGUUCACACUUCUCCACUUUGGGCUCCUGGGGAAGAUGACGCAGAGCAUGAUGAAUCUUGCCUUUCAUAUGUGUCCAGCGUUCUACGUCGUCCUUGGAGUUCUUUGCUUCAUCCUGCUGCUGUUCAUUGUGCUUGGCGCCGUGUUUCUAAUAAAGUACCGUGCCAUGGUUCGAACCGUCCGAAUGCAGCAGGGCAGCAAGUUUAUUCUGAGACAUUUGCCUCAGUUAGAGACCGCCGUUGUGGCACCCACAGUCCAGUCAGUGGAGAAUGACGAGGGCGAGCCACUUCCUCCAGAAACUCCUAUACGGAUAACCAAUGUCCGGUUGUCUUCCAAGAGGCUGUGGAAAGGCCUGCAGCAGGAACCUCGUUUCACCAAGUCAGACCUGAAUCUGCUGCAGCUGAUCAAAGCAGGGAAGGAGGGAGUUUUCUACCAGGCCAGGAUGAGCAGAGGGACGUGUAAAGGUCACAGCAUGUUCACCUGCAAGAUCAGCAAAGAAGGUGUGCGUCCCAAACAUGUGGACAUGGAGAUUUGCAUCAUGAGGAAACUGGUUCAGCAUAAAAACAUCCUCCAGCUACUGGACUGGAACACGAGUGAACAGCCCUGUAUUCUGAUCAUGGAGUAUGUUAGUUAUGGCACACUGAGGACCUUCCUCCAGACCAACAGGGUCCACCUCAGUGCAGACCCGGAGCUGCAGAGUCUCCUCACCAUUGCUUCCUACCACAUCGCCCUGGCGAUGCAGCACCUGAGCUCCAAAAUGAUCAUUCACUGUGACUUAGCUCUGAGGAAUAUUAUGGUCAAUAAGUUUCCUUGGGAGGUGAAAUUAGCAGAGUUUGGUCUGGCCCGGGACCUGAGCCGCAUGGUGAGCCGCCGCAGCAGCCGUUGGAGGAGUCCACGACCCCGCGUGCCGCUGCGCUGGUACCCCCCUGAGUACUUCAAGAACAACUACUACAGCUUCAAAGGAGAUGUAUGGGCGUUUGGCAUUGUGCUGUGGGAGAUGCAGACAUUUGGUACAUUACCAUACCCCAACCUGGAGACAUCAGAGGAAGUGGUGUUCCACAUCUGCAUGGGUCAUAAGAACACAAACCCUGAAGGAUGCAGACCAGAAAUGCUUCACAUCAUGCGAGACUGCUGGCAGGAGCCCUACACCCUGAGGCCCGCCUUCACGGACAUCGUAUCCAUGCUGGAGAACAUCAUAGAGGCUGAUGCAGAUUAUGUGGAUGUGGAGAGUCCGCAGAAUUUGGCUAAAGAUCGAGCAGAAUAUCAUGAAGAGCAAAGACAGCGAGGGAGUGUCGUCUUGAAAGAAGAACAUCAUGUUUGACUAUUUAUGAAGGCUAUGUUAAUACAAAUAAUUUAAAUCAGGAACUAUUCGAUUAUUAUGUUUUAUAUGCGUUUCUUUGUGCAUAAGCAUUUAAAAUGCGGUUUGACACAGGAGUGGAAAAUAGAGGGAUAAAGUCAAAGAUUUUAGUUUCGCCUUUCUGUUGGAUCUUAUUUUACUGGGUCUUAUGUUAAUUUUUAAAACAUGUAUUAUACUUGUCAUUUUGCCAU